UUAAUUGUACAAUGGAGUGCCUCAUUAGUUAAUCGUGAUAAUAAAAUAAAGAUACCGAAAGGCGGAACCCUUGUGUAAGAGGGCUGUUGCACUUACACGGAAUGUUUUGGUGUGGCACGUAAGAACGCGGAAGUACGGCUGUGUUUCUCGGAUUUGUUUAUUUUUUCCUCCUUUUACCGAAUUUAAGGGAAAAUAAUGGCGGUGAGCGCCGUCCACCUGGAGUCCGACGCCUUUCUGGUGUGCAUGAACCACGCGCUGAGCACAGAGAAGGAGGAGGUGAUGGGUCUGUGUAUCGGGGAGGUGGAGGUCUCCCGUAUUGUCCACAUCCACUCCGUCAUCAUCCUCCGCCGCUCCGACAAGAGGAAAGACCGGGUGGAAAUCUCCCCGGAGCAGCUGUCGGCGGCCUCCACGGAGGCGGAGCGGCUGGCGGACAUGACCGGCCGGCCGAUGCGGGUGGUCGGCUGGUAUCACUCCCACCCGCACAUCACCGUGUGGCCCUCCCACGUCGACGUGCGCACCCAGGCCAUGUACCAGAUGCUGGAUCAGUGUUUCGUGGGCCUCAUCUUCUCCUGCUUCAUCGAGGACAAGAACACUAAGACGGGUCGGGUGCUCUACACCUGCUUCCAGUCCGUGCAGGCGCAGAAGGGCUCCGAGUACGAACGCGUGGAGAUCCCCAUCCACGUCUUGCCCCGCGAGGCCAUCGGAAAGGUGUGCCUGGAGUCGGCCGUGGAGCUGCCGAGGAUCUUGUGCCAGGAGGAGCAGGACACCUACCGCAAGAUCCACAGCCUGGCGCACCUGGACCCCGUCACCAAGAUCCACAACGGCUCGGUGUUCACCAAGAACCUGUGCAGCCAGAUGUCGGCGGUGAGCGGGCCGCUGCUGCAGUGGCUGGAGGACCGGCUGGAGCAGAACCAGCAGAGCAUCUUGGAGCUGCAGCGGGAGAAGGAGAAGCUAAUGCAGGAGCUGGCAGCUAUGUGAGGCAUAGGACAGUCCGGAGAUCAGUGCCAGCUGUCUGUUCCAGAGGACAAGAACAAUGUGCUGCCUUUAUUUGAGCUUCUUUUCUGUUUUCCUACCAUCCAGAUGUGUCUGGGUGUUGAACCUCAAUACUUUGAGUGAAAAGUUUCAAACUGUUGACAUUAAAUGUCUGCUCACUAUUGAAUUCUGAGCUGUUUAUUCAUAAUUAGCUAUAAUUUAAAAUUUUCUUCAGAAUACUGACAGGUGUCCCACUUUAUGUGGGACUGUACAGCAUUUUAAAUGCUUGUCUCCAUGCUGCACAUGUUGACACAGUGUCUCACAUUUUUUGAUCGGCUCCAAUCAAAAUUAAAACAUGCGAGCUGCAUAACAUGUUGCAGAAAAAACGUGUGCUCAUCUCUGGAUGAAUCCAUACUGAAAUGAGACAGAAUAAAUUGGUUGGUUUUUGCAAUGGAAAAAAAGGGAAGGCUACGCAAAGCAAAUCAAACUUAUUUUUUUGAUUUUAUGGUUACUGUAUUAACUCAGAGAGGAAGUCACACUGCCUCACUCAGAUAUCCUCUUUACCUCACAUUUAGCUGUUAGAAUGUAGUCACCUUAAAUAAAAGUAAAGUUUAAAUCGUGCACGGCUCAAGGUUACUGUAAGUUCAAACAAGUUAGAUCAGUAUAUAGUAUCAUGAAUUCCUGUUACACACCAAAACAAACUUACUAUAACUUUAUGAGAUUGUCGCAGAUGGGUUGAUAUUAGAGGGGUAUCAGUUAUGAAGCACAAACUGCAAACAUUGCAAACAUCUGCAAUAUCAUACAGCAUCUUCCCAUACAAUGAUACCCAUGUAGAGCCAAACUGGUUUCAGAGGAAACAUCCAGCCAAGGCCUGACACAGGACCUGAUGGCUAGAUCUGACACAUCAGUUCAUCCAUCUACGGUUCACUGAAGCCUUCAGUUCAGAAAUGGUCUUAGUGGAACGAUGGCUAUCAAGAAGCCAUUCUUGUCUUAUGAAAAGGAAACUGGAGGAAAAUGCAGAAUUAUGUCAAAUUAGAAACUGGAGGGGAAAUCAGUGGCAUCAGAUCUUAUUGGACUUAGCGAUAAAUCCAAAUUUGAAAGUUUUGGUUCAAAUUGUCAUCAAUAUGUGUGAAUGAGCUCAGGAAAGAGGUACAUUAGUGACUAACUACAACCAUCUGAAAAACAUGAUGGAGACUCAGUCAUGGUUUAAGGCUGUAUAUCAGCCAGUUGUUGGGGAUCUUGCCAAUAUACAAUUACAAAUGCAGAAAAGUACUAUCAUCAUGCUGUACCAUCUGGUGGGCAUCUUAUAGGCAUAGGCUUUACUACCAGUACAGUAAAGCAUACCUGGAUAUACUUACUGUACUGGCUGAGUGCUGGAGUUUUUUAAGUUAUGGGUACACAAAACUUUAAAAAUUCCAGCAACACUUUCUUUUGUUUUUGAUGGUUUCUCAAGCUUUUCUAGUCACUGGGCCAAGAAUGUGUAUGAAAGGAGUUAAUACACACUUUUGAAUGCCAUUUCUUUUUCUGGGAUUUAUCAGAUUUAUCUGUUUGGAUCUACUGAUCCUCUGGUUUUUCCCUGUGGACACAGCUACUGUAUGAACUGUAUUAAAUGGCACUUCGAUGACGAGGAUCGGAAGGACAGACAGACCUUCAUAUCGAGGCCUGUUAUGAAGAAAAACACCAUGUUAGUGAAAGAGCUGAAGAAAACUGGACUCCAAGCUGCUCCUGCUGAUCACUGCUAUGCUGGACCUGAAGAUGUGACCUGUGAUGUCUGCAGUGGGAGAAAGCUGAAAGCCAUCAAGCUAUUUAUUUAUAUAGUUCACUUACCUACAGUAACAUUAUAUUGCGUUGUUUAUAUUAUUAAUAUAUUUAAAAAUAUAUCAUUCACAUACAAUUUGAUGACACAGGAGGAAAAACUGGGGUUCAGUGUCUUGCCCAAGGACACUUCAGCAUGUGGACUCUCUCUACAGUCUCUAUGAUGUGCAGGCGUGCACACCAAAUGCAAAUCCACCCUCUCUAUUUAUAUUUCUAUAUCUGUCUCCAUUUCUCUCCGUGCUUUUCUCUCUGUCUCUGGCUUUCAGAAGGGAACCUGAUUAUCUAUAGGUACUUGUUAAACAAGUCUCCCACCGAGACACAAAGAAAAAAUAGGCGGAGGUGAAAAUGAGAGACUAAAAAGAGAUGGAAAUAAAUGCAGAUAAAGAUAAGUGGCAGUCGAGAACCAGAUCACUCUUAAACACCAGCAGAAAUCUGUUUUACGUUGUUGUAAAAAUGGUUGUGAUUAAUUACAGUGAGUGUUUUUGUUUUUUAUCCAAGAUAUUAUGUCGUGUAGAUUAUUGUUUUCUGUCUAUGGCUGUCCCCACAACCAAUCCUAAUAAUAAUAACCUGCAUUAUUAUUAUAACCUGAGAAUAAAUUACAGUGCUUUCCAAAAUUACUUUCUAAAAUACAAU